GAAUGCCCGUAGCGGAGCUGCGGCCGUGGCCUCGACCAUGACCCGGCUGAUGUUGGGCCGGACCCUGGAGCGGAUCUGCAAGGGCGUGCUGCUCCUGUGUCUGGUGCACUUCCUCAUCAUGAUGAUCCUCUACUUCGACGUCUACAGCCAGCGCUUCGACAUCUUCAGCCGAUUCAACAACGGCCGCGGCGGCGCCAACGCGUCGCGAGGCGGGGGCCCCGGCGGCCACCACUACUACUACUACAACUCGUCCCGGCCCAACGCCACCUUCGCCAACUUCCUGGCCACCGCCGACCAGCUGCUGGCCAGCGGCAGGCCCGAGGCCAACCACACGCCGCCCACGCCCAAGCCCGUACCGCCCUGCCCGGAGGUGCCCCCUGGCCUGGUUGGUCGCCUCCUUAUCGAGUUCAGCUCCAUGAUGACGUUUGAGCGUGUGCAGAGGGAGAACCCCAACGUGACGGAGGGGGGCAAGUACUCGCCGCAGGACUGUCGUCCGAAGCAGAAGGUGGCCAUCAUCAUCCCCUUCCGCCACCGCGAGCACCACCUCAAGUACUGGCUGCACUACCUGCACCCCAUCCUGCGCCGCCAGAAGAUAGACUACGGCAUCUACAUCAUCAACCAGUUGGGUGAGGACACCUUUAACCGGGCCAAGCUGCUGAAUGUGGGCUACACGGAGGCCCUGAAGGAUGCUGAGUACGACUGCUUCAUCUUCAGCGAUGUGGACCUCAUCCCCAUGGACGACCGCAACCUCUACCACUGCUACGACCAACCACGCCACUUUGCCAUCGCCAUGGACAAGUUCGGAUUCAGGCUACCAUACGCCGGCUAUUUUGGUGGCGUCUCCGGCCUUAGCAAAAAGCAGUUCCUCAAAAUCAACGGCUUUCCCAACGAGUACUGGGGAUGGGGCGGCGAGGACGAUGACAUCUACAACAGGAUCACACUGAACGGAAUGAAGGUGUCUCGGCCGGACGUGAAGAUCGGCCGUUACCGGAUGAUCAAGCACGAGAGAGACAAGCACAACGAGCCCAACCCUCAGAGGUUCAACCGAAUCCAGAACACGAAGAACACCAUGAGGAAGGACGGCAUCAGCUCCCUGGUGUACCGCGUGGUCUCCUUCAAGAAGUACCCGCUCUACACCAACAUCUCCGUGGAGAUCGGCAAAGCCCCACCCAGAAUCAUCAGAGGCUAGCUGCUCUUCCGGAAGGGCUGUGUGGCUGGCACAGAUGGGUCCACUUGCACACAUGUUAACACACACAAACACGUUAACACACACAAACACGCAUAGACACACAUCCAUGUGCAUACAUGCACAUAACACAAAUACACAGAGAAACAAAUACACACACUCACACAAACAGACAGAGAAAAACUUUAGAAAACAUCUUCUACAAUCUCCCUCGGUCACACCCGAGAGAACACCGGGAGUUCACAUCCAUUGAAGUGACUCUUGUAAGACAUCCAAAAUAAUGGGAAGCCAUGGACCUGGACAUCGAGUGGCUUACCUCUCAGGAAAUCACCAAGCUUUCCACUUGGGCAGAGGGUCCACAUACACUACACACAGAUGCGUGCAGAAAAUGCUCAUGCAUACAGACACACACAUGAGCACUUGCACGUGUGCGUACACUCCGACACACAAACACCAACACAAACAAACCUACACAUCACACACACACACACACACGCACAU